CAAUAAGAAGAAGAAGACUGGUUGGCUGACGGUGUUAUCAGUUGACUGAUGGAUGUAGGUUAUAUAAUUUUACUGGACUAAAAUGUGUUUUUUUUCUUUUAACGCCGUACCUUGACAGCCGUGUGGGCAUGGCUGAAUUGCUCAAAGAAGAACAUCGAUAGUCGGAAUGGGAAUAAUGCCUUAACCUCCGUCGCUCGCCUUGUACUAGAUUAGCUGAGAACAAGAUGCUACUAAAGAUGCCCCAGAAGCUGCUGAAGACUGCGCAUUACAUAGAGCUGGGCAGCUACCAGCACUGGCCGGUGUUGAUACCCCAGAGAAUAAGACUGUACACCUAUGAGCAAAUCCCCCUGUUCCUCAAGGAAAACCCCUACAUCACAGAUGGCUACAGGGCUCACCUGCCUUCCAAACUCUGCUUGAAAAGUAUUUUUAUUCUGUCCAAUGAAACUGUGAAUAUCUGGAGCCAUCUGCUGGGCUUCCUGCUCUUCUUCUGUCUGGGGGUCAACGACCUCUCCUCAGUACUGCCAGCUUCUGGAGCUAACAGAGAGGACUACGUCAUCUAUGCUAUAGGACUAUUCUGCUUUCAGGUGUGCAUGUUGUGUUCCGUGGGGUAUCACCUGUUCUCAUGUCACCGAUCAGAGAAGACAUGCCGUCGCUGGCUGUCACUGGACUAUGCGGGCAUCUCUGUUGGCAUUCUGGGCUGUUACGUCCCCGGCCUCUUCUAUGCUUUCUACUGUAAUGGUUUUUGGCGACAGGUGUACCUGCUGACGGUGCUGUCUCUGAUCCUGGCAGUCUUCUGCGCUCAGAUUCAUCCUCGUUACCUCAGCAACGACUGGCGACAGAUACGAAUGGCUAUCUUCUUCUGUGUGGCUGGCAUCAGUGUGAUUCCUGCGUGCCACUGGGUUUGGCUUAAUGGAGGAUUCACCUCUGAUGUCGUACAGCUGUUCCUGCCUCGUGUGAUAGUGAUGUACCUGAUAGCUGGAUCUGCCUUCUUGUUCUAUGUCACCAAGAUCCCUGAGCGUUAUUUCCCAGGUCAGCUGAACUACCUGGGCGCCAGCCACCAGGUGUGGCACAUACUGGUGGUGGUCAUGUUUUAUUGGUGGCACCAGUCCGCAGUACACAUCAUGCACUUCAGACACAGCCAGUCCUGUGUGACCCAGACCCGCAGCUAAGUCAAACCAAUCAAGUUAUUUUUGUUUAAAGGGUUCCAGUUGUAGGUGUUAAGUGUUUGCUGUAUUUAGUUGGGUCAGUGAAGAAUCACAGCGGUUGUUGCUCUGUCAUCAUCUUAGAUGCAUUUCAAGGCUUAAGAUGCAUUUAAAUUUGAGUUGUUUGGACCUAAAUCACAUGUUCUCAUAAACCUCACUGCUCUGUCUUCAGAAGCUGUUGUUUAGUCUAAAUGCACUUGUUGUAUCCUGUAGAAACACCUAAACACCACUAGAGGUCAUCAUAUCUGAGACCUCAGCCUUCUGCAGAUAUAAGGUUUUUGAGGUCAUAACAUUUAGUAUAGCAGCAGAUACAUCUUACAUUCUCUGACAGAAAAUUCAGCAGACCAGCCUUACUGGUUCAGACUCUGAGAAUGGUGGUUAGUGGUCAGAAACCGUAACUUAGUCUUGUAGAUUGUGAAGUGAUGCAGCUGAUGAAAAGAAGUGUGCACAAUACGUGAAACUUUUUUUUUAUUUGUAGAAACAAACCACUUUUUUUUUUAAACUGUUUUCUUAUACUUGGUUUAUACUGGAAAUGUCCACAAGGACCAAACAUAAUAACCUGUGUGAAGUGUCUAUGCCUGUAAUUUUGUAUUGGGUUAUCAUUUUGUUCUUGAGAUUGUAUGACGUUUCUUGACAAAUGGUGGAAAGUACAGGAAACAAGUCAUGAGAACUUGAAGUUUUGCAUUUGGACAUGUGACUUGCUUAGGCCUCGGGGGGCCUCCUGUCUACAUUCAUCUUCUACGCGGGACUUUGGGGUCUUUUUAGAGCCACCAACACACAGAUAUUAAGGGAAUAUUAUCUUGAAUUUGAUUAAGCAGAAUAUAAUCCUGGCCAGUAGGAAAGUACUAAGUUACUUGACAAUUUCUAACAAGAGCAUACCAGUUAAGCUGUGUUCAUAGAGGACUAGAGUCAUCAGGACAACAACACAACAGUCUUUAUUGAUAUGCAGAUAUUUGGGUUGUACUGCAUGUGCUCGGAAAUUUGCGCCCCCUCCUAAUACAGUCAAUGUAAAUGGAGUUUAUUUUUGGACCUUAUUGAGAAUGUCCCCUAAAAGCCCUUUACUGUGUAUGAUUUGUAGAACACACUGUUUAAACUGUUAUUUAGGGACUUUUUUUUUUUAUAAUACUGUGGUUCAAAAUCAUAG